AUGACGUUUAAGAAGAGCAAGUGCCGGAUUCUGCACCUGCAAAAAGAAAGCCGUGGCUUGGCCAAUCCCUAUAAAUGGAUCUGGGCUUACUUUCCUUUUAGAUUUGGCAUUCACCCUGUGGCAGGCCGUAUGCCUGGACAGCUGAAUGUACUCCUAGCAGAAGCUGGUGUUCCCUAUGAUAUUGUUCUGGAAAUGGAUGAGAUCAAUGAAGACUUCCCAGACACUGACUUGGUCCUUGUAAUUGGUGCAAAUGAUACAGUUAAUUCAGCAGCUCAGGAAGAUCCAAACUCCAUCAUAGCUGGAAUGCCAGUUCUUGAGGUCUGGAAGUCCAAACAGGUCAUUGUAAUGAAGAGAUCUUUGGGAGUUGGAUAUGCAGCUGUGGACAAUCCAAUCUUCUACAAACCGAAUACUGCCAUGUUGUUGGGAGAUGCUAAGAAGACUUGUGAUGCCCUGCAGGCCAAAGCCAGGGAAUCAUAUCAAAGCUAAAUACCAAUUUCUGUUCAGCUCACAAUAAUGACUACAUUUUUGUCACAGAAGUCACAGAAAACAAGAUCUGGAAGUGUCUCUUACUGUCGUAAUGCAGCCAGUGUUUGCAGAAGACAGCAUUGACUCCUAGGAGAUAUAGUUGUGUGAGAGAUGCAGGUCCUUAUGAAAGGACGAGUACAUCAGCCCAUCAAACUAAGUCUCCUAUGAGACAAUGCAUUUGAAUGAAAAUAUGCUUUCUAAGGUUAACAUUGAGCUGUUGGAAGCAGGAGGUAAUUACUUUUUGUUAUCCUUAAGUGGUUGUUGGCUUCUUUCUGCUAUCUAUACUUCUGUCAUGGAAAUUCACUAAAAAUUACUGUGCCAAGAUUUAUUCUGUCUUAUCAUUAAAGCUGUCCUUUGGCCAGUAUGAACAAAAAUAGCGAUUUAUUUCAUCAAAAUAUAAAGUAAAAUUACAGCCAGAUGUGAGCAGAUGCAAAUAAAUGCUUACAUAAUUUGAGAUUCCAAUCUUAAUAAUAUGUUAACUUGCUAUAAAGAGACGAACUGUUCCUUUUGUGGAUAGUACGGAUGCUGUGAAUCAGGGGCAUAGAAAAGUUACUCUUCUUGAAGAAUAAAACUCGGAUUUCAGGGACCUACCAAGUGAUCUUUAAUCCUGACAAGGAAGUAUACACCUGCACUGCUUAAUUGUUUGCAGCAGCUGUUAGAUUCUCCAUCUUUUCCACUUGUUGCCUUUUUAAAUCUUAUGAGAAUAUAUGGUCCUGUUCUGUACAGCCAAAACACUUUGCAUAUCUAGACUGUUAACAGAAUCUGGACUUCAGUGUUUCAGUUUUUAUUCACUUAGAUAUUUAAAUGAUUUACUGUUUUAAAAUUUAGUAAUGCUUCCUUAAUCAACAUUUUUGUGAUGCUCAAAAAGGCACUUUUAAACAUAUUUAAGAUGCUGGAGUUUAUUAGAUGUUUUUUUUUUAAUAAGCUAUUGUUUGGACAGCACAGAAAUGUACCAAACUUAAAAUCCAGUGUUUUGAUUAUUUGACUUCUCCUUAAUCCAAUUUAAAGCACUGUUUAAAUUCCCACAAUAAAUUCAGCAAAGAAUUAAAUUAUGACAUAGAUUGCUGUUUUAUUUUUAUUAUGCUAAGUGUACUUGAGUGGAACUCAAAUAUUUGCUUAAUAAAAUGCAUUUAUCAUGUUUGCAUAAUGAUGUAGCAACUGUCCAUGGCGACAAAGGCUAAAUAGAAAUAGUUUUACUUGUGUAGAAAGCAUUAUUAUUUGGGGAUAAUAACUUACGAUCAAGUAAGUCUUGAAAUUAGUCCAUCUGUACUGACAGAACAAACAUCUUUGUAUUAUGCCAUGUAUUGAGACCUCAUAUAAAAAAUAGUAUUUCCACGUAGCUACCUCUAUUUUUAUGUGAAGAUCACUUAAAACACAGACUUUAAACAGGUAAUGCAGGAAGAAAUGUAACAGUAUGUAAAAGCUACCCUUUUGCAAAAUUUUUUUGUAUAAUUUGAAAAUAAAAAUUAUCACAUAGGCAUUAACAUGUUGUACACUGCAGAAAAGUACUUGUAAUUAAAUUAUAACUUAAAACAUUGCAGCAGCUUUGUUUGAAUCUAUAGUGUGAUCUCUUAAUAUCAUUAUAUUCAACUUUCCUUUAAGGUAUGUUAAAAAAAAAAAAAAA